AUGAUGAAGAGUCUGGGUUAUUUCCUGCUGCUCAACGUUCUGUCAUGUCUCGGACAAGCUGUCCAUGGGAAUAGGAUUAUACAUGGGGAAAAAGUCCAAGAGGACUCCAUGCAGUACAUGGUCUCAGUGCAAAGCAAUGUAGGUCACGUAUGUGGAGGAUUCCUGCUCAAUGAGGAAUAUGUGGUCACUGCAGCACACUGUGGUGAAAACGAACUGAAAUACGUUCUUCUGGGAGAUCACAACCUCAAGAGUUCAAAGAUAAAAAAAGUGAGCAUUAAUUCCACAUGCAAACCCCAGGGGUAUAAGGACAUUGUGCAUGGCAAAGACAUCAUGCUUCUUCGACUGUCUGAGAAAGUUCUUCUAAACAAUGACGUGAAAACAAUUCCCCUUCCUUUGUCUGAGAGACCUUUACGAGAUAAUCAAGAAUGCUCUGUGGCUGGAUGGGGAAAAACUGAGCGAACUGAUCAUAGUGAUGACCUGAGAAUGGUGAACGUGGCAAUCAUAAACCAACAAACCUGCCAGGAGAAAUGGGACAAUAUGCUUCCUCACAAUGUGAUCUGUGCUGGUGGAUUUGGUAUAAAUAAAGGAUUUUGUCAGGGUGAUUCUGGUGGCCCUCUGGUGUGUAAUGGCAGAGCUGUUGGUGUUGUGUCAUUCAACAGAGGCUUCUACUGUAACUACCCAGAUGUACCCAACGUCUACACAGAUAUUUCUAAAUAUCUUCAUUGGCUUAACAAAGUUGUGAAUGAAAAGAAAUGUACAUAAUUCUUUUUUUUUCACUGUCACUGUACAUUGAAGCAGAAAUUGUGGCAGUUUUGCUAAUGUGCUGCUUUAAUAUCAAGAUGUUGAAUAAACUCUUGUCCUAGUA